AUGGCUGACAGUAGCUUAGAAAAAUAUUCCCUUGGCUCUCCUCUAACACCCAUUGUAAUGUGUGAAACCCAUGAACUACCUAUUGAUAUGGUAUGUGAGGACUGUGAUGUAUUUAUUUGUGCCAAGUGUGCCAAAACAGAUCAUAGGGAUCAUGAUUGGAAUACUUUAACAACGGCAGCCAGCCAGAGGAGAAGAAGUCUGCCUAUAUUUUUUAAAGAGAUAAAGGAAGAGGAUCUGCCUGGGAUUGAUGAGAACUUAGAGAAGAUUCCACAACAGAUGACAGAAAAUAAAGAACUGUGUGAUGCUGAAAUUAAAAGGCUUCAGAAGCAUGUUGAUGAAAUAAUAGCCAGGCUGAUGGAAGUCAAAAAACGUCAUGAACAAACAUUAAGAAACAAUUUAGUUCAAAAUAAUGAUCAGCUGAACCAUGUGAAAUCUGAGCUAGAGAAGAAGAAAAAAGGAAUUGUUGAUACAGUGAAGUUCAUGGAGCAGAACAUCAGCACAAUGUCAGAUUACAGCUUGAUUGAUAAUCACAGAGAACUGACAAAUAUGCUGUCUGAAUUGGAGGUUCAUACCACAAACUGUGAAAAAUCAUUGAGAUUCACAAGAGGUGAAAUUAAUGAUGACUUAGUCGAGUCUUUGGUUGGAAAAACUUUACAUUUAGAUCUUAUUGCUGUGACUCAGACAAAUUCAUUCCAGUAUGGAGAUGCAUCAAUAUUUGUUUUGGAAGCAUUCAGUGAAGUCCAAUAUUACAUUAAAGACACUUUAUCACAUUAUAUAGAAAAAGUUGACAAUAACGGUGCAAUAACACAUAGAUUUAAAAUUCAUCCAUAUGACAUGUGUGUGACUGAUAACGGUGAUGUUUAUUUAACUGGUUAUGAUAAUUCCAUCAGCUGUCUCUCACCAUCAGGAUCUGUCUCUACAGUAAUCAGUACAGAUCCACUUGCACCAAGAGGAAUUUGUCAGUCAGUGGACAAUGGACUACUGGUUACCUUGAAAGACCUACAGUCAGAUUAUUUUAAAUUAGAGACACAUAGCAGACGUCUGGUCAUACACAUAUCAGUGACAGGUGAUAUCAUCCAUGAGUAUGAGUACCAGGAAAACGGUCAGACCAGACUGUUUACAUUGCCAAUUAGAGUAACACAGAACAUUAACAGUGAUAUCUGUGUUGUGAAUCUUACAAGUGAAGAUACAGGUGAAGUAGUGAUAAUGUCUCCCUCUGGUCGUAUGAAGUCUGUCUACCGUGGACAAAACCUGACUGGAAACUUUGAUCCAUUUGAUGUAGUAUGUGACUCAUUCUGUAACAUCAUUGUUACAGACCCAUUUAACAAACAGAUCCAUCUGCUGAGUCCUGAGGGGGAGUUCCUGAAGUUCUUACUGGCAGACGAUGAAGUGAACCAUCCAUAUUCACUGUCCCUAUACAAGUCUACACUGUGGGUAGGAUACAAGGAAGGACUUGUAAAAGUGAAUAGAUAUUCCGUGUAA